AUGGCCGCGGCCCUACCUCCUGGAGCCUCGCCGGGAAAGGGGCUUUCAACCGGUGGUGCAUCUACCGCCAGCGCCAUGCAUCCUGGCGAGGCUAUGCCGGCCCAUCCACCACCGGCGUCCGCGCCCGCAGCCGCACCUACGCCCUCGGCUGCACCUUCGCCAGAAGCGGCCGCACCUGCACCUGGUGCUGCACCCGGAGCUGCGCCUGCACCUGAAGCCGACAACUUACCUCCGCCACCACCGCCUAUCGCCGGUACGGCCGAGGCCCCAGCUGCUAAUGCGGCAGCUGCCGGCGCUGCCAUUCAGCCAGCGCCGGGCACGUUUGUGACAACCACGGCGGCGGACGCGCCAGCGGCGCAGGUGAUGCUCGGGCCAAAGCAGGAUGGUGCCAAGAAGGAGUACGUGGCGGCCGUCAAGUCGUACGAGGAACUUGUCGACGGCAACUUGGUUCGCGGCAAGAUGUACCUGGAGAGUAAGCCGCAGUACGAGGCGGGACCCAUGGGUGGUGUAGGAUUCGGUGGAAUGGGCGGUGGAAUGGGAGGCGGCUUCGGAGGACAACCCAUGGGAGGCGGGUAUCCCCAGAUGAUGGGAGGCUACGAUAGGCCGCCGAUGGGUGGAGGCGGUGGCUACGGUGGUUACGACAGGCCGCCCAUGGGAGGUGGCUACGGUGGUGGCUACGGAGGUGGCUACGGAGGUGGUUAUGGAGGCGGCUAUGGAGGCGGUUAUGACAGACCACCUGAUAUGUACGGACCUCCUCCCAGGGACAGAUACUUCCCGGAUCGGGGCAGGUACCCUUCACCAGACCAGGAUCGUUAUCCAAUGCGGGAACGGUCCCGCGGCCGUAAGGACGAUGAUUACUACUAUGACGAGCUUCCCAGAGGAGCACCGUCCGAGACCAAGUUACCCGUAACGAAGGAAUCGGAGAGUCGAGCCGAACGGAUCAUCCAGAAGAUUCGACAGGACAUCGAGGCAUUCGACAAAGAUGACGGCGCUCCGGGGGACGCUACGAACGCUCCGAGUAGCAAGCCCAGCGGCAGCAUGGAAAGGAGACCGCGAACGGCGCCCAUGCGCGCAAUGAUAAGGGCGACGGACGACUACGAAGAUGACACGGACGCAAGGCGCAGAGACAGCGACGACUACGACCGGCGUGACAGAAGGCAAAGAUCGAAGACGCGGUAUGACGACGGCGAUGACAUGCCGCGCCGCCGCAGGUCGCGCAGGGACCGAUCGUCCUCUUCCUCCUCAUCGUCUUCAUCAUCCGAAGACCGCCGACGCAAGAAGCGGCACGAUUCGAGUGACCACGGCCGCAAGCGCAGCGGUUCACGGCGGCGCAGCCGGACGCGGUCGAAGAGAAGGGACGACGACGAAGACAGGCCUCGCUCCCGCCAGAUGGGACAAGGGUGGGACGACGAUAUGUUUCAGCCUCGGCCCACGGCAGACCGCAACUUCAUAGAAGCGGGAAUGCUGUACCGGUACGAGAACCAGCCGUUAAUGCUUGUUAAGGGAGAUGUCGUCAAUAAAGAGGAGGUUGCCCCAGCACAGGACGGGGGUGCUCCGAAGAACCCCGAUGACGCGGCUCAGCCAGCGAGAUUCUUGUCGCCAGACCAGUAUCAGGACUUCCUUCUAGACGUUCGGGCUGGCAAGAAACGACAGGGUUACCCUGCUCGUGCGACGCCUUCGAAUGUUGCUCAGGAACUUGGCAGGUACCAGGACUUCCUUUGCAGCGUCCUCCCAGAGGGCACCUCUGCCGGCGCAAUGGCUGCCGAGGUUGGCAAGUACCACAAGUUCAUCCUGGGCACGAACACCCCCCAUCCCCCUCCUAAAGACUACGAAUUUCUUGUGGCUGCCAAUAAGGGCAUCGCGAAAGUUGUCAAGCCUGUUGCUUCUGGUUCUGCCGAAGACAGACACCCUCCCGCCGGCUACCAAUCAUUCACAGUGCAGGCGAAGCCGCAACCUCAGCCGGUCAAGAGCACGGAAGAGUACCACGGAUUUACUGUCCAAGCGUUGGCUAACCCGCCGCCUAAGCCACCCCCCAAGGACGAAGUCUUCUCUAUGCAGGCCAUGCCUAGCAGACCUAAGUCAUCCACCAGCGACGAAGUCUUCGCUAUGCAGACUAUGCCUCGCAGAACUCCUAGUCGGCCGAAGGGAGAGCGCUACGAACACGUGGAAGAUACUCCGCAGCUCAAGACCGAGUGGUGGAGCCGCGCAGCGGCCGGAUAUGAUGGCACUUUAAGGCCCGCGUCCCGGAGCAGGUCCGUGAGGGGCCGCCGUGGGCUGGCGAGGUCCGCAUCUCCGCGCAUUUCUCCGAACAGGCGCAAGGCGUACGACGACGAGAACGCCGAUACGUAUCAAGUGACGAGCUUAGAGAUGGAAGGCCCCAAUGGCCAGCAGUACGCGCAGGUGCGCAUGUCGAGACGUCCCGGAGAUCCGGGAAGGAUGUACUCUAUGAACCGUAGGCUGUCCCCGACCGCUGUCGGUUACAGAAGCCCGCAGCGCGUCGCGUCACCGGAGAUGCUCCCCAUGCAGAUGCAGGGAAUGCAGAUGGGAGGAAUGCAGGGGAUGCAGAUGCAGGGGGUACCCAUGCAACCGAUGCAAGGAAUGUCCAUGCAAGGAAUGCCCAUGCAGGGAAUGCCAAUGAUGGGAAUGCCGAUGCAGCCCAUGGCCAUGCAGCCCAUGGCCAUGCAGGGAAUGCCCGUGCAGUACGACCCUCAAUCUGGGCGCGUUCCGAUGCGCAUGGAUCGCAGGAUCCACCAGAUACUCACCCAGCAGAAGGGAGGAGGCAAGCGCCGCAGCGCCACCACCGUAAUGCCCGUGCAGGCGCAGGUAGAGGGCGCAGAAGGCGUCGUGUUCAAGUAUCAGAUUCAGAACGAAAGCAGGCAGCACCAAGCGGACGACGGAGACAAGAAAACCAAAGACGAGAUCAUCGAGACGUCGAAGGAGCCCUCUGUAGAGCGAAUCGUGAGCAGCGUGGAGAUACAGGUCGAAGAGAAAAAGCUGUCCAAGGCGACCAACGCGCGCGUCAAGACCCGCGCAUCGGCGGCGGCGACGCAUGACGCAGGGUCCAUGAAGAACGCCGAAGCUCAGGCGGAGAUCGAAGAAAUCCCUCACGUUAACUUUACGAGAAACCCCAACUACGACGCCCCACCACCCGGAUAUCCGUUUCCGAUGGGUUCCAUGUUCCAGCCGCCUCCACCGCAGCUGUCGGAGAUCAUAUCGACGACAACCGUGCACACGCAUCAGCACCACCACCACUAUCACGACGGGCAGAAGAAUUUCAAGAUCGCGUACUUGCUCCCGAAGAGCGGCGACGUCAGAAGGGACAGGUCCGUCCAGGCCCAAGACCGCUACGAGGACCAAGAGCCCCUGGGCGCCGCUGUGGGCGUGCAGUGCUUGUCUCUGUACGAAAGAUUCAUGAACUGGAUUUACCCGGACACGAAGCAGACUGAGGACGUGAGCCUAAUGACGGACGCCGAGGAGCUUACCGAGGACAGGAAACGCUCCAGCAAGAAAGGCAAAAAGGGCGCCAAGAAAGACGCCGGGGGCAAGUCGGAGGACGCUAAGAAAGAUGCCGGGGGCAAGUCGGAGGACGCUAAGAAAGACGCCGGGGGCAAAUCGGAGGACGCUAAGAAAGACGAAAGAAAAGGCAUCGGUAGCGAGUCUGAAGCCGAGGCCAAGGGAAAGUCGCCAGAGGCGAGCGAAAAGGGCGAGAAAGGCGAGGAAAAGGACAAGCAAGAAGAGAAGAAAAAAGAUCCUCCCGGUCCUCCGAUUCCGGUGAACCUACCUUGGCAGGGACACGAGUACGAGUACGAGGAACAGAUCAAGCCUGACGGUUCCCGCGUCGGUACAUACCGCUACAAAGGUCUGGGCGGAGCGCCCAAGUUUCCCGACGACCAAGGUCCCGUAAAGGGCCCGCUGAGGUUUCCAGAUGGCCAGCCAUCCAAGGAGCCCGUGGCCUUCGAGACCACUACCACUCGAAUGGAGGUCAACGGACAGGAGUUUUGGCAGCGUGAGGUUCGUCCCAUACCCAAUAGCGCUCGCGGGGCCCCGAUGAUGCCCAUGAGGGAAUCGCGAGAGACGUUCCACAGGCGCGACAGAGAGCAGCCGUCAGUGCGGUCCGUGUCGACACCGCAGCAGCGACGCGUCACCACCCGUUCCAGGGCACGCGUCGCGGAACGUGGUGGGAACAAUGACGACUUCGUGCCCGACGUUCAGAUUCGGCUGGACUUCGGCGACACCUCGGACAACAGCAGCUCGCUCGAGUCGAAGACCAAGUCCAGCGGAGCUUCGGCGGUCGGGACCGCUUCGUGGCAGCCCGCCGACAUGGUGGUCUCGUACGCGCACAAGAACUUCGAUGACAAGAACCUGGUGGACGAUGACGAUGACGACGACAUGUUGCCUUCCGGACAAGUCUAUGGAGGUCACGGGUCCACCAAAAAGCUCAUCAGGAGGGGCCGCAAGGUGCGCGGCAUGCCGAACAAGGAACUGAUGGCGUACUCCAUGGUGGUUCUCGCCGCUCUGGUUGGCCUCGCACUGCUCAUCACCAUGAACGGCCACAGGAGUCAGUCUAGGCAGCCUUUCGGACUCGAUCGCCACCUCGUCCUAAAUGCUUCCAAGUUCAAGGCAGUCCAGGCUGGACCAGCCAAUGCUGGCUUCUGGAAUGCAGCUCCCCCCGUAUGCAAAGACGCUCGGUGCUUGACUAGAGGAUCUGCGGCCGUGAAGCACUUGUCCAAGGACUACCUGAAGUCGGCCUGCUCAGAUUUCUACCAGUUCGUGUGCGCCCAGCAGAACGUGACCGACUCGCCUCGCGUCAUCGCCUACCGCGCCCUCGAGGACGGCGUGCUGAACGUCAUCAAAGCCCAGGAUAAGUACCCGGAGCUGAUGACUGCUAGGCACCUGUACAAGGAGUGCUUGAAUAAAGAGGCGAUCAGCGAGCGAGGCUGGGACCCCCUUGCCGAGCUGCAAGAGUCGACGGAACUGUCGGGCUGGCCCUUCACGGACCCCGUGCAGCAGCCGCUCAUCUGGCGAGCCGCCGCUCGACUGCUGCGCCGAUUCAACCUGCCCGCGCUCCUCUCCAUCGGAGUGGAGAAACACCCGCACAAGCAAGGCGCCAGCAUACUCUCGAUCGGCCAUCCCGAACUGCUGCUGCCUCCGCGUGUGGGCAACCGGUCGGUGAAGUGGUACUACGGUGCGGUGAUGCACGCCCUGUCUCCGUUCCGCGAGCGCCUCGUCAUCCCAGUGUUCGCCGUCGAGGUUUCCACCUUCGAGAGCCGGCUGGCCAACAUGCUGCGCGCCCAGCCCAAGAUGGCCGUUAAGAAGCUCGACGACCACCCCGAGCUGACCGAGGCGAGUUUUCUCAACAUCGCCCUCGAGAACAUCACGCACGUGACCAAGUCCACCGAGUUCCUGGUCAAGGACGUCGAUUUCGUCAACGACCUCCUGAGCGCCAUCAAGGAGACGGCUCCGCACAUCGUGCUCAACUACCUGGGCUUCCGGGAAGUGGUGGUGGCGUCGCCUUUCCUGCCUUCCAAGCUGCAGGCGCUGAGCGCGUUGGGCAGGUCCCCGGCCCUGCGCAAGGAGAUCUGCCUGGGCGUCGUCGCCGAAUCACUCCCCGUCAUGUCGCUCUACGCCGGAUUCAACGCCUUCAAACAGGGGCUGCACGACUUCAAGGCUGCAAACGUCACCGGAGCCACGAAAGACGCCGUGUCUUCCUUCGUGAAGAAGACAAGCUGGAUGGAUGACGCGACCAAGGCCAAGGCGGCGAAGAUGGUAAGAAGCGUAAUCUUUUUUUAUCUCGAGCGGCGCAUUGGGAGAUACUAG